CCAAACUGCUGGCGGUAAUGAGGUAAUGCACAUGCCAGGCUCCAUGGAACCACAACACCAGGGAAGAGGAGAGAAGACCGACCGUUAGCAUGACCUGACAGCUAUGGAGGUGACCCGCCAUCAGGGCUCUGUCACACCUUGUCAGUAGGUUGACGUUGACUGUUAGCGUCGUGGUCAAUGACGUUAGUAAAUACGAACACAGCAAAUGCAGAACAUGGCGAACAAUCCGAAAGAGUUAACGUUAUGUCUGAAGAAGAUAUGUUUCCAAGCUGUCAGGAAACACUUCGCUGCUCUGGGCAGUGAGGCUGUUCUUGGUCUACCAACGCUUCUCAUUAAGGAUCUUCUUCCUCAUCUGACAGUAUGUCAGCUGGAUGAGCUCCAGCCUGCCCUCAACCAGAGAGGGGUGUCAACUCACUCUGGGUGGAUUGGAGUCCUAAGGGACAUGUGUGGACCAAACCAUGUGACAGACUUCGACACAGAAGAAGAGGCCAAACACGAAGUUAUGAGGAUGCUUUUUACCCUCGUAUUCUACGGCUUCACGAACCCCUUCGUCAAGAGGAACAUCACCAAUUUGAACACCCCUUCCUUCCUCUGGGCGGCAGCUAAAUGUAUCAAACAUUUUCUGCUCACUACGCCGGUUGAGAGUUUAACCGCCGAGCGGCGACCUCUUCUGAGCCUCCUAGAGAAGCGUAUCUGGAGCGUUGGCGUAUCGCAGAGCAUUGAUCUAUCAAAGAGGAGGACGCAGACGGCGUUGUACGUCCUCCAUCGCCUGCUGGACCACGGGGUGGCGAAAAAACUUGUGGUACAUGUGCAGUGUCCCAUAGUGCUGGCCUGGAUCCUGCAUGGCAGGGGAUCUCAGUAUGUCAAUGCAGACCUCAGAGACUUACUGAACAGCAAAAAGGCGAGCUGUAUUUCACAAGUCGGUUCGGCCAGUGCAGACGGGGCCAGUUGCGGUUCAGGUCUUGGGACUAGGGCUUCAGAGGACCAAGUCACUCCCUGCAAACGUUCCAAAUUGGACUCCACAGAGGAAUCUGGGAAAGCGAACUUUACAUUGGACCCUCAGGUUCUCUGUCGAAACUUCAGUCCCUGUGACAGUCCCUCGGCGGGGGCUUGUCCAUGGGGACGGAUCGAUUGUCUGGAUAUCAGGCAGUGUGGGUCCGACUCCCUCAGAGUGCUGAACUCUGCCCUGCCCACAUUCUUCUGCCUUCGCUCUCUGACUCUUCACAGCUUCUUGACCUUCAGGGACACGGACGUGCUGUCGCUGGCCAAAGCCCUGAAGCAGCUGUCCGAGAGCUCCCGCAGCUCUCUGACCCAUCUGAGCGUCAGCGUCUUGCCGUGCACCCGGCUCGUGGAAGUCCUGCUGGACGCGAGCCCAAACCUGACGUCCCUGCACGCGGAGAUCCAGACUGUGAUGUGGGGGCGGCGCCCCUUACCAAAUCGCCCCAGGAAUGUGGAGUCUGACAUGUCAGAGCUGCUGCCCCUGGAGAAGCUGGACAUCAAAGUGGCGGAGCUCCAGACAGAUCUGCACUUCGUCACGUCGGUGCUGAGACGCUCUCCACGUUUCACCUCUCUCCACCUAGCAGGGAUGAGAUUACCGACCGGCUCCUCUCUAAGCCAGCUCUUCACCACUCUCUCAGAGUCAAAUCCCCUCUUGAGGAGUCUCAACUUGGAGGACCUGAAGCUGGCUGAUUGUCUCCCUGAGAUCCUAAAUCUACUGAGAGACUGCAAGUUGGAAGAGCUGCGCUUUAAUGACUGCCGCCUUCUUGAGCGGUGGAGCAACAAGGAGGAGAGUUUGCAGCAGCUGGUGGCUGCUCUGAAGGCGGUGCCCUCCCUCCACACGCUCAGCCUGGCUCAGAAUCGUCUAGCCAAGAACGUGUGUGUGCUGGCGGAGCUGUUUUCAGGACCCUCGCCGAGCUCAGUGAAACGUCUCGACAUCAGCUCCAACUUCAUUCAGCCUGCUGAGCUGCUGGAGUUCGCUCAGAGACUGAGGACACAUCGUCCACCGCACCGACUGACCCUUGACCUCAGGGUAAACCCGUGGGACCGAGACCCUGACACGUGGAACGCUGCACUGAAGAGGCUUCGUCCAUUCUGUGUUCUACUGGUUAAAGGAUGGAGUUCCACUGACACCAUGGCAGACCACAUCAGCAAUAUGUGAAGAAAGCUGUGUGAGUGUCCAACACUGUACAAAGAAGAAAUUACAUAUUUUACAUCAAGGGCUAACCCUUGAUGUAAAAUAUGUAAUUUCUUCUGUCGUAAUUAUAAUCAUGGUAGAACAUGCAUUAUUUUGCUUUGUAACUAGUUGUGUGACACAUUGAUUGGUUCUAAGUACAUUAUUUUUUUUAUCAAAUGUAACAAUGAAUUUGUUCUCUUGUGUCAGAGUGCUUAACUGGCACAGUUGGAAAAUAAAAGAACAUCCUGUUAGUUUGACAUUUUAAUCA